UCCAGCUUCGGACACUGGCUCGCCAUCAGCCACACCUCUCCCCCCUUCUUUGUACGCUACUUUUUUUCUUCCUUCUCUCUCUCUCUCUCUCUCUCUCUCUCUCUGCUUGUUCUAGAUGUGAGAAUCGAAUAAGUGAAAUGAUCAGGCGAUUGUGAUUUCAGGUCAUUACUAGAUGGGUGGAGCUUGUUCUAGGAAGAGGGGCCAACCGGUCAAUGAAGAUGGUGUAAAUAGAGCUGUUUCUGGAAGAUAUUGCAAAAGUGGGAGUUCUAAGUGGUUGGGAAACUCACUUUCUCGACUUUCUGCAGAUAGUGAGAAUGGAAAAGCCAGAUGCCCAUCUUUGAUGGAAUUAUGCAUUUACAAGAUACGCGAGGAUAUUGAUAAAUAUGGUACCUUUACCAUCCUGCCAAGGGAUAUUAGUCAGCAGAUCUUCAAUGAACUAGUGCACUCAGAAUGUCUCAAUGAGGUUUUGCUUGAGGCUUUUCGUGAUUGUGCUCUCCAGGAUCUUGAUUUGGGAGAAUAUCCAGGGUUGGAGGACAGUUGGAUGGAUGUCAUCUCUUCACAGGGACCAUCUUUACUUUCUUUGGAUAUUUCUGGUUCUGGUGUUAGAGACUCUGGGUUGACUUAUCUCAAAAACUGCACAAACCUCCAGGAAUUGAAUUUUAACUACUGUGAUUAUAUUUCAGACCACGGGCUACAACACAUCAGUGGUCUCUCAAACUUGACAACUUUGAGCUUCAGAAGAAACAAUCAGAUUACUGCUCAAGGACUGAGUGUCUUUGCUGGCUUAAAUAACUUGUUGAAGUUGGAUUUAGAGAGAUGUUCAGGGAUCCAUGGUGGACUUGUUCACCUCAAAGGACUAAUGAAGCUUGAAUCUCUUAAUAUAAAAUGUUGCAAUUGCAUAACUGAUGAUGAUAUGAAGACUCUUUGUGGGCUUACCAACUUGAAAGAGUUGCAAAUUUCCUGCAGUAAGGUGUCAGAUUAUGGGGUAUCUUUUCUCAAAGAUUUGCACAAGCUUUCACUAUUGAACAUGGAAGGUUGCCCUAUUACUGGAGCAUGCUUGGAUUCUCUUACAGCACUUCGUGCUCUAUUAUAUUUGAAUCUAAGCAGAUGCAAUUUGUCUGACGAUGGGUGCGAGAAGUUUUCAGGUCUACGAAAUCUUAAAGUACUGAACUUGGGAUUCAAUGAUGUCUCAAAUGCUUGUUUGGUGCACCUGAGAGGCUUAACAAAUUUGGAGAGCUUAAACCUGGACUCAUGCAAGAUUGAUGAUGAGGGCCUGGUUAACUUGACAGGCCUUCAGCGUUUGAGAUGUUUGGAAUUGUCUGACACUGAAGUUGGAAGCAAUGGCCUCCGUCAUCUCUCUGGUUUAACUACUUUGGAGAGCAUAAAUCUGUCCUUCACUUUUGUUACUGACGGUGGUUUACGAAAAUUGUCUGGAUUGUCAUUAAUCAAGUCACUAAAUUUGGAUUCCCGCCAAAUUACUGAUGCUGGACUUGGUGCUCUUACCAGCUUGACUGGUUUGACUCAUUUGGAUCUUUUUGGGGCUCGUAUUACAGAUUCUGGAACAAACCAUCUGCGCAAUUUCAAGAACCUGAGGUCCCUGGAAAUUUGUGGUGGAGGAUUGACUGAUGCUGGGGUGAAGAAUAUCAAAGAUCUUUCAUCUUUGGCAGUGCUAAAUAUUUCACAGAACAGUAGUCUGACUGAUAAAACCUUGGAAAUGAUUUCUGGGUUGACACGGUUGGUUUCUCUAAACGUUUCAAAUUCUCGUAUAUCCAGUGCGGGAUUGCAACAUCUCAAGCCACUUAAGAAUUUGAAAUCACUUACCCUGGAGUCAUGCAAGGUGACUGCAAACGACAUUAAGAAGCUUCAGUCGACUGACCUCCCAAACCUCUUAACCUUUCGGCCUGAAUAGUCCUUCCUCUGGAACGACCAAAUUCAAAUAGCUAGUCGUAAAGGGGAAGAGGGGUGGUUCGGGGGUCUGGCUUUAUUUACAACAGCAAUUCCAAAGCGGGAAGCCAUCUGAUGAAUUGUACAUAAGGGUGACUUGAAGUGGCUUUGAUAAUGGGUUUGAUGGAUGCUAGAAAAUUCUCCGUGCUGCACGUGAAGUUCUCCUGUGGUAUCUAUGCACUGAAUUUGGAGGAAAGUUUAGAUAAGCUUCCUUGGCAUGGAGUGUGGGGUUAAUAUAUGUGUGUGUGUGUGUGUGUGUGCGCGCGCGCAAAAUUAUUGUACAUAUUUGCUGGCACUUUGAUUUCCAGUGGUAGUGGUGUUCCACGAUUCUCCUACUUGGAAGAAGAGUUUCAGGUUCACUACUCAGUUCUUAUACAUUGGUAUGUGUAAAUAAAUGUUCUUGAAGAUACACUAUUAUUAUGCUACAUGAAAACUACGCUAUCUAAUCAAUGCAUGAACCUGGUUGGAUUGUUUCUCGGAUUCA